AUGAAGCUGAGUCUUACCAAGGUAGUUAAUGGCUGUCGCCUAGGAAAAAUAAAAAACCUAGGCAAAACGGGGGACCACACUAUGGACAUCCCAGGCUGCCUUCUAUACACCAAGACUGGCUCUGCCCCACACCUGACCCAUCACACGCUGCGUAGUAUCCACAGGCUUCCUGCCAUGGCUCAGCUCACACUGUCAUCGCUGGCAGAAUAUCACGAAGUCUUGACAGAAUAUAAGGAAGGAAUUGGAAAGUUUAUAGGCAUGCCAGAAUCACUCUUGUACUGCUCCCUGCACGAUCCAGUCAGCCCCUGCCCAGCUGGUUAUAUAACAAACAAGUCUGUGUCUGUGUGGGGUGUUGGAGGACGAGUGGAAAUGACUGCUUCCAAGUUUAUGGCAAUUCAGCAGGCCCUUCAGCCAGACUGGUUCCAGUGUCUCUCAGAUGGAGAAGCAUCUUGUGCGGAAGCAAGUUCCAUAAAAAGAGCCAGGAAGUCUGUUGACCGAUCGCUGCUAUUCCUGGAUCAUUGUCUGCGGCUGCAGGAAGAGUCAGAGGUCCUUCAGAAAAGUACGAUCAUUGGAGUGAUUGAAGGUGGAGAUGUGAUGGAAGAGAGGCUGAGGUCAGCACGAGAGACAGCCAAGCGGCCCGUAGGUGGCUUCCUUCUGGAUGGCUUUCAAGGGAACCCAACAACUCUGGAUGCCAGACUGAACUUGCUGUCGGCAGUUACCGCUGAGCUGCCGGAAGACAAACCGAGGCUCAUCUGUGGUGUUAGCCAGCCAGAUGAGGUGCUCGAGUGUAUUGAAAGAGGAGUGGACUUAUUUGAGAGUUUUUUCCCUUAUCAAGUGACAGAGCGGGGAGGUGCCCUGACUUUCAGCUUUGAUUACCACCCGAAUCCUGAGCAGACAUUAUUACAACAAAAUGGGACUCAGGAAGAAAAACAAUAUGUGCAUCAGUCAAAGGAAAUGAAAACAGCCAGUGACAACCAAGAAGUGACAUCAUUUGAAAUUAAUCUGAAGGAAAAAAAGUACCAGGAGGACUUUGACCCAUUGGUGAGAGGGUGCUCCUGUUACUGCUGUAAGAACCACACUCGUGCUUACAUUCACCACCUGCUGGUGACCAAUGAACUGCUGGCCGGGGUCCUGCUUAUGAUACACAACUUUGAACACUACUUUGGAUUUUUCCACUCUGUCCGGGAAGCGCUGAAGAGUGACAGGCUGCCCCAGCUGAAGGAGCUCAUCCGCAGGCAAGCAUCUGGAGCCUGGCACACAGGUCUGACUUCACGUUGA